AUCUGGCAACCCGUGUCCUCCAUCGCGCGCGCUCAUUCCGGAGCUCUCCGCGCUGUCUCCGGCCCCGCUCGCGCUCGCGCGCGCGCACUAGCUGGCCGCUUUGUUUUCGUGAGAAAAGCGCGUUAAAAUGGUGGAAUACAGAUGAACCCCAGACAUCUGGUUAAAGCCUCUGAUCACACCUCGUGCAUCUGACACGUCACGAUGGAGACGGUGGUUAUUGUGGCCAUCGGAGUGUUGGCCACCAUUUUCCUGGCGUCUUUCGUGGCACUGGUGGUAGUGUGUCGUCAUCGGUAUUGCCACCGGCCCAACCUGAUGCAUCACUUCGAGUCCAAGCCCACGGUGGAUCUGAUUGGAGCGAUGGAGACUCAGAGCGAGCCGUCCGAAUUGGAGCUGGACGACGUGGUCAUCACCAACCCGCACAUCGAAGCCAUCCUGGAGAACGAGGAGUGGAUCGAAGACGCCUCUGGUCUAGUGUCUCAUUGUAUCUCCAUCCUGAAGAUAUGCCACACUCUGACAGAGAAACUUGUUGCCAUGACAAUGGGAUCUGGAGCAAAGGUAAAAGCCCCUGCCAGCCUUGGUGACAUCAUCACGGUGGCCAAACGCAUCAGCCCCAGGGUGGAUGACGUGGUUCGGUCAAUGUAUCCCCCACUGGACCCAAUCCUCCUCGAUGCCAGGGCAACAGCGUUGCUGCUCUCCGUCAGUCAUUUAGUGCUGGUGACACGAAACGCCUGUCACAUGUCUGGCAGCCUGGACUGGAUCGACCAAUCGCUGCAUGCCGCCGAAGAUCACAUGGUCGUGCUCAGAGAGGCAGCCUUGGCAUCAGAACCCGAAAGACGACUACCAGAAAGAGAGCAGUCUAUCUGAGUCUCUCACACACACAUCACAUAGCAAGUAGGGGACUGUGACACAGAAGCCAUACAAUCCACACAUAUACUUAGUAAUAGCCUUUCUUGCACAAACACCUUAUUUUCUUCUUUUUUAAUUACCUUUUUUAAUCUGUUACACUGCUUACAGCGAUAGUUACAAUCACUUUUUCAUUAUUAAUGUAAAUAAGUUGAAGCAAUCAUGGACAAUCUUGUACUAUUCUUAUCCACCGCAUAUAUAGAAUUUUUUUUUGUGUGUGGUAGUUUAACCUUCUUCUCUGUAUUCAUAUUUGGAUCUGGAAAUGUUCCUGCUUCCAUCUGCUAAAUGUUUGUAUAUAGUGAACAGGAAAAGUACAGAUUUAAUAAAGUACAGAUUUAGAAAUGGAGCAAUAGAGUGUAUGAUUAGAUCCUUUGACAUUGGAGCAAAUAAAAAUAAACUGUCUCACUCUCGCAUACAAACACACUACUUUUGUGUGGCUUGUAAUCCUAAAUCACAUGAUGUUUAAAGCCUGUCUAAUUCCCAAACCUCUCUACACUGCUCACACACCUAACAAAUACCAAACCAGCAGAUUAAAUAUUAACCCAUAAGUCUUAACAUUGAGCACAUGCAUUGUUAUUAAACUAGCCAUGAAAUUAAAACUGGUGUUUUUAUGGCUUUUUUUUUUUUUUACGUAUGGAAAAUACAUCUUGUAAAUGUUCUUAUAUUUAUUUUACAGUUCAUGAUUUUUGCAAAAGCAGUGAAUAAGUUUUGAUGAAUCAUUCUAAUUAAAAACUUUCUAGAAAGCAUAUAAUCCUGCUUCCCACUGAUAACCUGCAGGUAGUGAGCUACAGUAGCAGCAGCUAGUUAACAGCAAGAAUUGUACAGUUCUGAUCGUGAAGCUGCCCGCUCAUUAUUUCUUUUUCGGACCAUGUCGGUUGUUAAAUGGUUGGAGCGUGUGUAUUUGGACGUAGCCGUGUGUGCACGUGCAUCCUCCUUAUCCAAAAUCAGUCAGAAAGUGUAGAAAUUCUUCAUUACUUCUCGUUUUUUUAAGCCCCUGAUGGAUCUCUUUAGAUUUUUGGCCUCUUGGUCCUCUGACAUGCUUUCAUCAAGAUAAUAAUUGAUAAAUAUUUCCUCCACCAAGAAAAAAACUCGCAUAAAAAUUCUAAAAUUAGUGUCGAAAUCAUAGUCCGUGGUUUUCACAUGCACCAGUGAUGUGGUGAAAAACCUGGUUUGAAAUUAAAAACCUUAUUGAAUAUUCCUUUAUGUUCUA